ACAAGAACGAGUGUUUCGAGAGUAAAGGCGGCUGUUCCCACCAGUGCGUGAACACCCUCGGCAGCUUUGAGUGUCGUUGUAACCAUGGUUACUCUCUCGACACUUCCGGAAAACGAUGUGUCUAUGGUCAGUACUGCAAGACCAGGCACCAAUGUGACCACGGCUGUAAGACGGUGGGGAACAAAGUGGAGUGUUACUGCAGGGAUGGCUACUUCCUUCACGGGGACGGGAAACGCUGCUUACGGAGCUGUCUCCAUGGUAACGGCGGAUGUCAACACGUGUGCAACCAGACAGUGAACGGGCCUGUGUGCUCCUGUGCCCCGCGAUACAUACUCAACGCUGACAAGCAGACGUGUACAGUGUGCCCACAAGCUAGACGGCUGCUCCCACCGCUGCGAGAACGUAAGGGGAGGCUACGAGUGUGUCUGUCCCUCUGGAUACAAGGUCGGCAUGGACGACAAGACAUGCAUCGACAUCGACGAGUGCCGACUGAACACCACCUGUGACCACACCUGUGAGAACUCACCUGGCUCCUACCUGUGCCACUGUCGGCAAGGCUUUCAGAAGUACGGGCUCACGCAUUGUGGAG